GGUAACUUCUUUGGCGGGUUAGACAGUAGAGGAACGUGUGGGUGGGAGGGUGUACCGCGCCUCGCUCCCGCUCUCCACUGACCCACACUCCACCCUGCGCUCUCUUCCCAUCACGACAACACCGGGAACACAAGCGGACAAUGGCAGGGAGACCAACACAUAGAUGAAACACUCCCCCCUCCAACUCCCCACAAGAAGAAGAGUGCCAACCAUCAUGAAGUCCACAACCCCCUCUGAAAAGCUAUGAUAGAAAGUUACAAUUUUAUACCAACGAGUGACUAUUUUGGCCUCUCGUGAUGGGGUUUUGUGGUGGUGUGGUGGUGACAGUGGUGGUGGUGGUGGUGAUGGUGGUGGUGAGGGGGUUCAACAUCGAGAGUGAGCGGUUCCUGCUUCACAAAGGUCCGCGAGACAGCAAGUUCGGCUUCAGUGUUUCGCAGCACCGGGAUUCGAACGGACCUUGGGUCCUGGUGGGGUCCCCGGAGGCUCAGACGGCACAGGAGGGCGUGGUGCGGGGCGGCGCGGUGUACAGGUGUAGCCCGACGCGACCCAACGACUGCACGCAGCUGCCCUUCGACCUGGCCGGUAACCACUGGGAUAGCGGGAGACAAGUGGACAACAAGAGUAUGCAGUGGUUCGGAGCUUUUGUCACCAGUACCAGCGGCGUUAUUGUGGCCUGCGCACCCCGUUACGUGUGGUUCCGACCCAAGCGAAGGGAACCCGUGGGCCGCUGCUUCUACGGGACGGGCCGAGCCUCCGACGGUUACCAGAUGAUGAACCCCUGCAUGGCCUCCGCCAUGUGGGGGUACCAUCAGCAAGGGUCCUGUCAGGCGGGGUUCUCGGCCGCCGUAACUGAGAACGGCAACAGGAUGUAUGUAGGGGCCGUCGGAAGCUACUAUUGGCAAGGCCAAGUCUUUUACCAGGACAUCCUCAAUUCGCGGGACAGCCUUCAGACCCCGGAAGGCCCCAAGAACUUCGACAUGGGCUACCUGGGCUACUCCUUGACCGCGGGGGAGUUCACGGGGGACGAGGAGGAGGACAUCGCCGUGGGGGUACCUCGGGGGAACGAUCUGAAGGGGGAAGUUGUCAUCCUAUCGCACAGCCUAAGGGUUUCGUAUAACAUCACCGGGGAACAGCUGGGGUCCUACUUCGGGUACAGUGUUGCCAGCUGCGAUGUCAACGGGGAUGGCUUGGCGGACUUGCUGGUGGGAGCGCCUUGGUUCACGCCCUCUGGAAACACAGAUGCCUUCGAGAUGGGCCAGGUGUCCGUCUUCACCCAGACCCCGCAGCAUAACUUCCAGAGGGUACAGAGGUUGGAGGGGCAGAGUACCCGCGCCCACUUCGGCCUCUCCGUCACCACGCUCGGCGACAUCAACAGAGACGGCUUCGAGGACUUCGCCGUGGGGGCCCCAAAUGCCGGGUCCACGGGGGCGGGGGCUGUGUAUGUGUACCUGGGCAGAAAGACGGGGCCAGGUGUGCAGCCGUCCCAGGUUCUGAGGUCUGAAGAGCUGACCCAGGGCACGGUGAGGUCCUUCGGGUGGUCAGUGAGCGGGGGGCGUGACCUGGACGAGAACGAGUACCCUGACCUCGUUGUUGGGGCCCACGAGUCCAACGCUGCCCUGCUGUUCCGGACGAGGCCUGUUGUGAGGGUGAACAGUACUCUUAAGUUCCGUUCGGCCAAGGGCAUCAUCGACCUCGAGGUUCUGGGGUGCUCACUACAGGAUGGCUCUGAGGUGCCCUGCGUCUCCCUCCUCUACUGCCUCAGCUACGACGGGCACCGUGUCCCCAACCGCCUGAGUCUGGACGUGUCUCUGCGCGUGGACACUCAGGCGGAGGUUACCCCGCGCAUGUUCUUCCUUCAGCGGGAGCGAGAGAGCGGCCAAAACGUGACGGUGGAGCUGCGGAAGAGUGUAGAGAACUGUACCACUGUCUACACCUACGUGGAGCCGGGCGUACAGGACAAACUCACUCCCCUGGUGGCCGAACUCGUGUCGUCCUUGGAAGGGGGCGCCGCGGGGGAGGAGGGCUGGGAGGGGGAGCUGCGGCCUAUCCUCGCGCCCCCCUUCCCCCUCUCGGCCGGGCCCCCCCAAGCCACUAUCUUCAUCAAAAACAACUGUGGCGCUGACAACGUGUGUGUGCCCCAGCUCAGCGUGCAGGCGAACAUUGACCAGCGAGAGUACAUCAUCGGGUCCCGUCAGCGCCUGUCCGCCCGCGUGGUGAUCCGCAACACAGGGGAGGACGCCUUCCAAGCCCGCCUGACCACCGGCGUGCCCCUGGGGGUGUCCUACGCGUCCUACAGCAUCCUCUACAACGAUGCCCAGGACGUCACUCCCUUCUGCUCCCUCAGCGCCGAGGAGGUGGGUCUGGGGGUGGUGGGGAAGGGACACUUGAAAUAUGACUGGCAUGGAUUUUCCGGCGCUAUAAUGUUUUCCUUCCCUUACCCAAAUGACACCUUAUCCUCACCAACACACACACACACACACACACACACACACACACACAGCAUCUCACAACCAGACGGAACCUUCGACUAUAAUGUCACCAAGUACUACGGUCACCCCCCCCAACACCCCGAUCUCAAGGACCAGCCCCGACUUGUCCGCCACGAGGGUGAGAUUGGACCCGAGGUUGAACACAUUUACGACAUCGUCAAUAAUGGCCCCUCCCCUCUCCCCCCCUCCACCCUCUACCUCCUCUGGCCCACCCGAACCCUCGCCAACGACCCCCUCCUCUACCUGCUGGAGCCUCCCCUCGUGUCCUCCCCCCCCGCCAAGUGUCAACCUGCUCCCCACGUCAACUACCUCGGCUUACAGGUGGAUGAAAGCAAAAAACUGUCAUUGACGUAUGCCUCGAAAAUGUUUGCAAAUAUAGAGAAUGAGGAGGAGGAGGAAGAGGAGGAGGAAGAAGAAGAGGAGGAAGAAGAAGAGAUGGAAGAAGUCAAAACUCCACCGAGAAACAACAGACAUCGAAUACGAGAGAGAAAAAUCAAGACGGAAUCUCUCGCACACGACCACCACCACCACCACCACCACCGCCACGACCACUCGGAGGAGAAAAGAAGGAAGAGGAAGAGGAAGAAGCGGAGGCGGAGGAGGAGGAGGAGCAGUUUUGAGGAGCUGGAGAGGGAGCUGCAGUGUGGCGCUACGAACUGUACGAGAGUGGUGUGUGCGGUGCGGAGUCUAGCACCCCAUGAGCAUGUGGUGGUGCGCGUCAGAUCUCGGCUCUGGAUCGACACCAUAGAAAAGCUCAGCAUGUCAGAGGUGGCCAUAUCCUCCCGCGUGGUGCUGGCGGCCGAGGGGUUGGGCGGGCCAGAGUUGAGGAUUUGGGCCGGCAGCGUUACCAGCGUCGUGAGUGCUGGGCCGCGGGAGACUAGACGCUCACUCAAGGGGCUGGUAGUGGCCGGCAGUGUGAUGGCGGGGCUGCUCCUGCUCGCCCUGCUGAGUACUCUCCUGUGGGCGAUGGGCUUCUUCAAGAGGAAGCGGCCGAGGGAUGGGGCGGAGAGUGAGCCGUUGAGCACCAAUGGAUUCUACGGCAACGGAAAGACCUGAGGGCAAGACCGAGGCACAAAGCACCAUUUUAGUCUCCCCCCAACAUGUAAACAGGAACAGACCCACAGCAUCGGAGCUACAUGAAGGCAAGACCAUGGCGCCAAUCAAUUCCUUAGGCUCCCUUCAACAUGUAAACAGACCCACAACAUCGGAGCUACAUGAAGGCAAGACCAAGGCACCAAACAGUCCUCUAGUCUCCCCUCAACAUGUAAACAAGAAGAGCCAUGGACACUGAAAGACCUGAGGACACGACCAAAGCAAACACCACCCCUUCGGUCUCCCUUCACCCACGGCAGCAGAGCAACAUGAAGGAGGAACCAGUCACUCCCUUCUUCAUUAUUUUAUCAGGGAGUUGGGCCAAGGGGAAAACAAAGCAUUGGAAAGAAGGAUGUUCCAGAGUUUACCAGUGCCAGGGAUGAAGGAGUGAAGAUAUUGGUUAACUCUUGCAUCAGGGAGUUGGAUGGCCUGGUAUAUAGCAUUUGUUUGAUUUUCCCCGUCAGCAAUGGUCGUGGGUAGCCUUCAGCUGAUAUUCUCCAUGAUGUGACGGUUAUGAAACACACUAGUAUUUAUUAUGGUGUUGCGUGGAGCGAAAGAGCUCUCAACGCAACACCACUUGUAUAUAUGCUACUUUCCUGUCUGAUACUUAAUUACCACUUUAAUAUGACUAAUUCUAAGUGUAAGAGUGAACUGUAAGGAAAGAAAAUACUACUGUACUGUAUUUCUAUCUAAGUUUAUUAGAAGAGCAUGGCAUUGACAACUGAGAGGAGUUACAAUACAAGAACCGGAGAGUCACUCACAUCCAGUGCUGGAGAUGACACAGUGCAGGGAAGGUGUGACAUGCUGUGUGUGUGUGUGUGUGUGUGUGUGUGUGUGUGUGUGUGUGUGUGUGUGUGUGUGUGUGUGUGUGUGUGU